CUAACUCCUCUCCCUCUCUCUCAUAGCCUAAUCCAAUUACACACACAGCUCUCUCUCUCUCUCUCUCUCUCUGAGCCAUCGUUUCUCCUUUUCUGAUUUUCCAUGAUCACAAGAAUCUUCGGCAAUUCUCAUCGUUAGCCCCCUGAAAAAUCUCCAUCAUCCGGUAAUGGGUCGAUCCAAGUCCAACCUCAGCCGUAAAAUCCACCGCCGGCUGUCCAACCUCCGCCGCUGCAUUCUCCGGGUGUGGAACCAAAUUCUCAUGUGCUCCAUCGGAAAGCCGAUUCGGUACAGAAUGCUGUCUCAUCCCGCCGUUGUUCCCUCCGUCUCCUUGCCUAUUUCCUCUCCCGGCGGCGGCGUAAUGGAGGAGGUGGCUCUCGUCAAUUGUCCCCCGCCUUCCGCGGCAGCGAUUCUUCACAACAACAACAGCGUCCAUCGGGUAGACUCGGAUUUGGUGGCUUUAAAGAUUAGCCUCCUGGGUGAUAGCCAGAUUGGGAAAACAAGCUUUUUGGCCAAGUACGUCGGCGACGAGACGGAUGAAGGAGGGAGAAUCGAAGGAGGAGGAGAUGGGAUUAAUUUGAUGGACAAGAUAUUGCAAGUUGGUGGCGCUCGGAUUUCCUACCGUCUCUGGGAAUUCGAUGGUGGUAAUCAGUCGAGAGAGAAUAUUCCGGUGGCCUGUAAAGAUUCUGUGGCCAUUCUCAUCAUGUUCGACCUCACCAGUCGGGUCACUCUUAACGGAGUGAUGGGAUGGUAUCAAGAGGCAAGGAAAUGGAAUCAGACGGCUAUACCAAUUUUGAUAGGAACAAAGUUCGACGAUUUCAUCCAGCUCCCCAUUGAUCUGCAGUGGACAAUUGCCAGCCAGGCCAGAGCAUAUGCCAAGACGCUGAAUGCAACGCUGUUCUUCUCCAGUGCAACAUACAACAUCAAUGUGAAUAAGAUCUUCAAGUUCAUAACAGCCAAGCUCUUUGAUCUGCCAUGGUCUGUGGAGCGGAACCUUACCAUUGGAGAGCCCAUCAUUGAUUUCUGAAGCUUCAUAGCAGAUAGAGUUUUAGCAGGAACUCGUUAAACAACCAACCCUUUUCAUAAUGCCGCCUCCUCGUUUGGACAGUGAUGAGUGUCAACCGGUCACCGGAAGUUGUUCUGCUUCGGUGAUUCCUGGAGUUGUUUCUUCUUGGAACUGUGGUGGUGGUGGUGGUGGCAGCGUCCCUACUUGUUAUGCAGGCUAUGACUCGCUCAUCUCCCAAAGUGUAGAGAAAACUUCCUGUUCUUUUUUUCUUUU